UUCAGAUUUUGCUUGUCAUCCAAAGUUCUUGGAAUAGCCAAAAAAUCUAUGUUGGAUACGUUUCUCCGAGAAAAACGUCAUAUUAACAAAAGGGUAUCGACCAGACAUGGGAGCAUACAAAUCUGAGGACGAUUAUGAUUACCUGUUCAAAGUUGUGUUAACAGGAGAUUCCGGUGUCGGAAAAUCAAAUCUGCUCUCCCGAUUCACCAAAAACGACUUCAGCCACGAUUCGCGCUCGACCAUUGGCGUCGAAUUCGCCACACGGAGCAUUAAAGUCGACGACAAGAUUGUCAAAGCUCAAAUAUGGGAUACUGCGGGCCAAGAAAGGUAUCGAGCCAUCACGAGCGCUUAUUACCGAGGAGCCGUUGGUGCGUUAUUGGUCUACGACGUAACACGGCACGUGACAUUCGAGAACGUUGAGAGAUGGCUUAAGGAGUUAAGGAACCACACAGACGCAAACAUUGUGAUUAUGCUCGUAGGUAACAAAUCUGAUCUGCGUCACCUUCGAGCCCUCCUGACUGAAGAAGUGAAAGCUUUUGCAGAGAGAGAGAACACUUUCUUCAUGGAGACUUCGGCACUCGAAGCAUUAAACGUCGAAAGCGCUUUCACAGAGGUUCUCACUCAGAUUUACAGAGUCGUUAGCAAGAAUGCUCUUGAAGGUGGAGUUGAUCCAACCACUGCUUUGCCUAAAGGACAGGUGAUUAAUGUUGGAAGCAGAGAUGAUGUUUCAGCCGUCAAGAAAGCGGGUUGCUGCUCGACAUAAUAGCCGGCCUCGAAAUUUUAAAUGGUCUUAAACAAUUUAGUAAAAUCUUUUGCAAACUUUUUUUUUCUAAUUUAGGAACCUAUAUUUUAUCUAUUAA